UCACCAAAACAAGUUGCGUGCGUGCACCGACACGAGCAUGAAGAGAGGAGUUGGGAGAGAAGUGUGCAGGAGAAAGCGAAUGGACCGACCAACGCGAAUCUAAGCUAACCUACGGAGACACCGCUGGGGCGUCAGGCCUACUGUUAGAGGUGGUUGACGAUGGAGGCCAACAGUGAAACCAAGAAGAUGACCUCUUGCCUCUCGGGGAACCCCUGCUCUGAGACCCAGAAACUGACCCCAUCCAGAGGCCCAGGCUGCAGCUGGCUGGUGGUGGUAGCGGCUGUGGCGGCCUCUCUGAGUGGCCUGAUGCUGGGCUAUGAAAUGGGCCUGACCUCUGGAGUCCUGCUGCAGCUGCGGGGUCUCCUGUCCCUCUCCUGCCGGCAACAGGAACUGCUGGUCAGCUCCCACCUGGUCGGCGCUCUCCUCAUCUGCCUGGUUGGAGGUCCCAUUCUGGAUCGCUACGGCCGCCGCUGCUCUUUGCUCCUGAGCGCUGCCCUGGUGGUCGGAGGGAGCGUCGUGCUCGUCGCCGCCACCUCACUCGUUGUACUAACACUGGGCCGGGUGAUAGUGGGAAUGGGAACGGCGCUUUCGGGGACAGGAGCGUGCCUUUACAUCGCGGAGAUCUCGCCGAGGGAGAGGCGGGGUCUGCUUGUGACGCUGUACGAGCUGAUGUUGGUUGUGGGUGUAAUGCUGGGAUUCAGCUGCAGCUACGCCUUCGCUACUCUGCCCCACGGCUGGGCAUAUACGUUUGGACUAGUAAUCCCUCCGGCGCUGCUGCAGUUAAGUGUACUCAUAUUUCUCCCACCCAGUCCACGCUUCCUGGUUGCACAGGGUAGAGUGGAGCAGGCCAGGAUAGUGCUGGCCAGACUGAGAGGUGGGGUUCAGGAGCAUGUGGAAGUGGAGCUCAGAGACAUCCAGGCAGGACUUAAAGAGGAAUCAGAGCAUAGUUUCUUGGAACUCUUCAGUGUCAAAGCUAACUUGCGUUCACGGCUGCUAACAGGCGUGGCCUUAGUCUUCCUUCAGCAGGUUACCGGGCAGCCCAACAUCCUGUCCUACGCUUCCCCCCUUCUCCGCAGUGUCGGCUUCAACAGCGACGCCGCAGCGACCCUGGCCUCCACAGGGUUCGGAGUAGUCAAAGUAGUCGGCACCAUCCCGGCAGUGUUGCUGGUCGACCGAGUGGGACCCAAGAGCUUUUUGUGCGUGGGUGCUGUCGCAAUGGGAUUGUCUCUAGUUGCACUCGGUACACUGACACUGCAAAGCCACACUCACCUCACCAGCCUGUGUAAAAGUCAGACUAUACUAAACCACACACAUACGCCAUGGGAUUUAAACAGAACCGCUAUAGACUUUGACAGAAGUGACAUUUUUUCUACUGACCUCCCCCGCCCAUCCACCAGUGACGAGGCACAGGGGACUAACAGAGAGGAUGAUGAGAUUGGGGAGUCAGGAGGACAACAGAGUUACGGAGAAGUGUCUCCAUCCCUCAGGUUGGCGUCAUUGAUCAGCUUGCUGGUGUACGUGGCAGCCUUCUCCAUUAGCCUCGGGCCAAUGGUGUAUGUGGUUCUCAGUGAGAUCUUUCCAAUGGGAGUCAGAGGCAGGGCUGUGUCUGUAGUGUCGGCUGUAAACUGGGCCACUAACCUGCUCAUCUCCAUGACCUUCCUCACAGUUACAGAAAAGAUUGGUGUUCCCAACGUGAUGUUCCUCUACGCUGCCAUGAGCUUUGUUCUACUGGUGUUUGUCAUCCUCUGUGUUCCUGAGACCAAAGGUCGCACGCUGGAGGAGAUAUCCAAAGAGCUGGCUAAGAAGAAGCAUUUUGAGGUGAGGCUCUGUAGGCAGGUUCAGCCUCAGGAGAGCCUGAUCAGCAGCAGCACGUCCACAGAGACUCCAGCAAACGUCUGAUUCCUUUAACAGACCACAACUGUACACCUCACAUGAUGGAGAGUCAAGAGCAAGGACCCAUAAUGACAAUAUAUUAGCACGAAUGUGGGUGACAACUCUCUCAACAUCUCACGCAUAUCUGUUCAUCCUCCAACUGCUUCCUAUAAUAAUGUUGUAUAGCUCCCUUUAGCUACAUUCUGUAUAUAACAGAAGAAAACAGCUCAGGGUUCACUGUUGCUUGUCGAAGGCAGUAAAGAAGGGUCAACAACAGGGAUUGAAUAUGUGAUUAUAUAAUAUAUAUGUAUAAUAUUUAUUUAAUUCCUUCCUUUCUUUACCUCUUUGCUGUUUAAGAGUACACCUCCCACAAUGCAGAGAGGGACAGUUUCCCUUAACUCCAGGAAAUAGAUUCUCCACCAGCAAUAAAACUGACGAAGAGUGCUGACACUGUUCUAUUACAGGUUUUUUUUCCAUUUUUACCUGAUAUUGUGAUGAACAUUUACAAAGGAUUGCCUCUUUUGGAUAAUCAUGGGGAAAUCAAAGAUGAACUAAAAACACUGUGUAUAUAACAUUUGGUUCUUUGCUGGAUUGCGAAUUAAUUCCUAAAACAUGACAUGAUGCGUAUGCAGCUCCCUGAUGAAUGUAAUGUAAUAACACUAACAUGGCUCAAAGAAGUCAUAGCAGUUACAACAUGGUACGCAGAAAUAUGAAUGGUUACAGUGGCCUUAGGAAGAGGAAGGUGUCUUAUCCUUUACAUUUUAUGGGGUGAAACAAUCAAGAAAAAGAUAAACACACUCAACUCCACUAUGCUGCUGAAUCCUCAAAAACAAGCAACAGAGAAAAAGACUAAACUCAUCAGGUCUAGUGGUAAUAUCAGGGUAAAUAAUAUAACAACUAGGAUUGUUGUAGUGUAAGAAAGUGUGAAGUGAUGAACGAAUGUUUUUUUUUUAACUUGUUUCAGUAAUGCCAAAAUUAUACUUAGUUGAUUAACAAGUUGAAUGUACAAAUGCAAGAAAGAAUAACUUCCUGUUCACAAUUAAAAUUGCACAUUUUUAAGUCUA